AUGCCUCCCACAUAUUUCCCCCUUAGAUGGGAAAGCACUGGAGACCAAUGGUGGUACGCAUCUCCGAUCGAUUGGGCAGCCGCGAACGGCCACUACGACUUGGUCCGGGAGCUUCUCCGCCUAGACGGCAACCACUUAAUCAAACUAACAUCCCUCCGGCGCAUACGCCGCCUUGAAGUCGUCUGGGACGACGAAGAACAGUUCGACGACGUUGCCAAAAACCGAUGCUUGGUCGCCCGGAAGCUUUUACAUGAAGGCGAAUCCAAAAGAGGAAAAAGCUCCUUAAUCGGAGCUGGCUAUGGCGGCUGGCUUCUGUAUACCGCUGCAUCUGCCGGUGAUUUGCAUUUUGUUCAAGAAUUAUUACAAAAAGACCCUCUUUUGGUAUUUGGAGAAGGAGAGUAUGGUGUGACUGAUGUAUUAUAUGCUGCUGCGAGGAGCAAGAAUAGUGAGGUUUUUUGGAUCAUUUAUGAUUUCGCGAUGUCUCCACGAUUGAUGUCUGGUAGUGAAGAACAGAUUGGGGAUAAUGAGAUCCCAAGUGGUUACAAGCAGGAAAUGAAGAACAGAGCUGUUCAUGCGUUGGCGAGAGGUGGUAAUUUGAAGAUAUUGAAGGAGGUUCUUGGUGAUUGCUCCGGUGAAGAUGUUUUGGGUUUUAGAGAUGUUCAAUGCUCAACGAUUUUACACACGGCAGCUGCCAGAGGACAGAUUGAGGUGGUCAAACAUCUUAUUUCGUCGUUUGACAUUAUCAACUCAACCGACAAACAAGGCAACACAGCACUCCAUACAGCUGCUUACAGAGGCCAAUUAUCCGCCGUUAAAGUUCUAAUCCAAGCAUCUCCUUCUUCCGUUCAUUCAAGAAACGACGCCGGAGAGACGUUUUUACAUAAAGCGGUAACAGGUUUCCAGACACCCACUUUCCGGCGACUUGAUCGUCAAAUUGCUCUCAUGAAACAAUUAGUGUGCUCAAAAACAUUCAAAAUUGAAGAAACCAUUAACGCUAAAGAUAACGGAGGAAGAACUGCUCUUCACUUGGCCAUUAACGGAAACCUACACAGUGACCUAAUAGAACUGCUUAUAAUCGUGGGUUCACUUGAUGUAAACAUCCGUGACAAUAAUGGUAUGGCCCCACUCGAUCUUCUUAAACAAAGACCACAAUCCGCUUCAUCUGAACUACUCACCAGACAACUUAUUUCCGCCGGAGCAACUCUCAGUAGCCAAGACUACACAGCAAGAAAACUCAUUGCUUCCCGGUUGAAAAUGGGCGGCGGUGGUGGCGGCGGCAGUGGUGGUGGUGGUGCUAGUCCGGGGAGUUCCUUCAAACUUUCUGAUUCUGAAAUGUUCUUGUACACCGGAAUGGAAAGUACAUCCUCCACUGCUUUCGGUACUCCGGUGUUCAGCAUGCGAUCUGGAGAGCUGAGUCAACUCGAUUCGAGUUCAAAUAAUUCGAACUCGAAUGUGGAAUCCAAGAAGAAGAAACAGAAGGGGAUUCAGCGAUUCCUGAGGUGGAUUAGAAAGAGGAAUGGAAACGGAGGUUUGGUUUUGACUAAAAAUGUGAAGGAAAUUCCGGUUCCAUUGAGACAACAAUACUCGACUUCAUUGUUAAACAACAAGAGAACACUUGCUGCAAGGAGUAAUCUUCCAAGUCCAACUGUUAAAAAGAAGCUUGCUUCUGGUUUUGUUAAUGGAGUUAUGCAGGCGAUGCCACAUUUGAAUCGAGGAGGGUCGAGAUCAAAUUCGUUCUCAAAAUCAUCAUUAUCUUCCUCACAGAAUUCGUUGGAUAAUAAAGGUGUAGGAAUUGAUGUUCUGGGUUCAUCGAGUUUGAAUCAGAUGUUUGAUGAUGAAGAACAAGGGGUGGUGAAUAGCAUUAGGAGGUCAACGGUGAACCAGUGUUUCUGUUUUGGUGCACAUGAGAGACUUGUGGAAGGCCCUGGUGAUGAUAAACAGCAGCAUGAGAGUUACAGCCGUUGUGUUGUAUCGACAGGUUAAACGUGUAGCAAGUUGUAGUCUUUUGAAUCUUGGAUUGUUUGAUCUAAAUAUGAUAUGUGAUGUUAGUUUGAAAAUUGAGAUCUUAUCAUCUUUACAAGGCUAAUCAUCAGCGUAUGAAAUGCAAAUAAGCGUGU